CGGCGCCCAGGGCUCCGUGUACGUCGAUGGUCAGCGUGUGUGUGAGAGUGUGCAAAGUAACUUGGAAAAUACAGAAUCGAAAGGGAUUUCUCACUUCUACAUUGGAGGGGAUGGAGUCAAUGCAGAGAACACAGCGGGUGACGAAGAUGUGUCUGUGACCGUGUCGAACGUCCUAUUGUACAACCGUCCGUUGACAUUUACUGGUGGGAGUGCCGAUUUGGAAGAAGAUAUUGCAUCACCCUCUGAGGCUCCAGUGGAGCGAGCACCCUCGCAGCAGUCUCGAAAGAAAAGUGAAGAACAGCAAGUGCCGGCAGCUUCGAGCUCCCAUGCCGUUGGAGAAGCAACGGGUGAUGGCGGCACUGUGCGUGGGAGCGGACUGCUGCCGUUACUUCUUCUGUUGGGACUGUGGGUGUUUUCGGCUCUGUGA